AUGGCGGAGCGGAGCCGCGGCGCUCGGCGGCGGCUGCUGCUGCUGCUGCUGCUCCUGGCCGGCUCCGCCGCCAGCCCGGCGGAGGAGGGCGGCGGGCGGCGGGAGGCGGGCGGCGGGGAGCACGGCGAGGAGGCGGCACGGCACCACGACUCCUCGUACGGCACCUUCGCCAGCGAGUUCUACGACCUGCGCUACCUCUCCGAGGAGGGUUACCCUUUCCCCACUGCUCCUCCUGUGGACCCAUUUGCAAAAAUCAGAGUGGAUGACUGUGGGAAAACCAAGGGAUGCUUCAGGUAUGGUAAACCUGGAUGCAAUGCAGAGACUUGUGACUACUUUCUAAGUUACCGUAGAAUAGGAGCUGAUGUUGAAUUUGAGUUGAGUGCCGACACAGAUGGCUGGGUGGCAGUUGGAUUUUCCUCAGAUAAGAAAAUGGGAGGAGAUGACGUCAUGGCUUGUGUUCAUGAUGACAACGGAAGAGUCCGAAUACAGCACUUCUAUAAUGUUGGUCAGUGGGCUAAGGAAAUCCAGAGAAACCCCGCUAGAGAUGAGGAAGGGGUUUUUGAAAACAAUCGUGUAACAUGUCGAUUCAAGCGUCCUGUGUAUGUUCCCCGAGAAGAAACUAUCGUAGAUUUGCACUUGAGUUGGUACUACCUGUUUGCUUGGGGUCCAGCAAUCCAGGGUUCUAUAACUCGUCAUGAUAUAGACUCUCCACCUGUGUCAGAGCGUGUUGUCAGUAUUUACAAGUAUGAAGAUAUUUUCAUGCCUUCAGCUGCCUAUCAGACCUUCUCUUCUCCAUUCUGCUUGCUCCUCAUUGUUGCACUGACCUUCUAUUUAUUGAUGGGAACCCCAUGACCAAUGGAAAACAGCAAGAAUUUGUCAGUGGAAGUUUCUCAGGAUGGACGGCUAUAUGGAUGGACAAUGGAUUUUUCUAUUGGAAUUUAUAUCACAUCACCAUCCUCAUCUAGCUGCUUUUGAACAUAGUUAGCUUCUCAGAAGAGUGAAAUAAUCAUCUCCCUUGAGUGGCAGAGUGGUGACAAAUCAUUUAAGAAUAAUCAGUGAACACAUAGGAGAAUAUUUUCAGUGUUGUGAUUACUUGCUUGAGGAACAUGAGAUUUUUGUAAAAUCAAUGUGUGUGUGUGUGUUUGGGAGGGGUGUCUGUAUGUGUGUUUAGGUGAAUUUAGUGAUGGACAUCUUAUCAAAUAACAAAAUUGCCUUCCAAAUUGCUACAAAAAAGCAAAUUUGCGAAAACACUGCAAUGCUGCUUGGUACUUCUACAGAAGACAGCACAACUCGAA